CCCUCAGGUUACCACCAAAGAACAUGAUUUUGGUCUAGGGGCUCCAGUUUCUGAAGCUGAAAAAUACCAGAAUAUUCUCCAGCUACAGCAAGAAGUGAGAAAUCAAGACAAAUUCAUCUCUACACUGAAAUUACAGGCAUUUGGAUACCUUCGUGAUAGAAAAGGCCCUUUUCUUCAUCCGUUGAUGGUUUGCUAGUGGGCUGGGAAAGGAAGCUGUGGUCCUCCACUUUAGUCAGCAAAUACUUGAUUGAUUUGGUAUCAGUAUUUAGCUUAGUCAAAUUGAAGAUCUCAAACAGACAAAUCAUGGGUUGGAAGAAUAUGUUAAGAAACUCUUGGAUAGUAAGGAGGUGGUAAGCAGUCAAGUAGAUGAUUUAACCAGCCACAAUGAGCAUCUUUGUCAAGAACUGAUUAAAACCGACCAACUAGCAGAGCAACUAGAAAAAGAAAAAAAUUUUGUGGUGGAUACCGCUGACAAGGAACUUGAAGAAGCAAAGAUUGAGCUCAUUUGCCAGCAAAAUAAUAUAAAAGUAUUGGAAGAUACAAUAAAAAGGCUUAGAUCUAAGCAGACAGAGAUUACUAUAAGAGUGAAGCUCAAAAUUUGAGAAGGAUGAUCAGAAGUAGAUCUAAAAGCCCACGACGCCCAUCUCCAUCUUCUCGGGGUACAAACUGUGAUGUAGAGCUUUUGAAGACAACUAGAGACCGUGAAGAACUCAAAUGCAUGCUGGAAAAAUAUGAGCGUCAUUUGGCAGAAAUUCAGGGUAAUGUCAAGGUUCUCACAUCUGAGAGAGACAAGACCUUUCUUCUGUAUGAGCAGGCACAGGAAGAAAUUGCCCGACUUCGACGGGAAAUGAUGAAAAGCUGUAAGUCUCCUAAAUCAACAACAGCACAUGCUAUCCUCCGGCGGGUGGAGACUGAGAGAGAUGUGGCCUUCACUGACUUGCAAAGAAUGACCACAGAACGAGACAGUCUGAGGGAGAGGCUAAAGAUUGCCCAAGAGACAGCAUUUAAUGAGAAGGCUCACUUGGAACAAAGGACAGAAGAGCUGGAGUGUACAGUUCAUAAUGUAAAGAAAAGUCACUUUUGCACUUUGGGCUAUAAACUGUCAGUGGCUCCCCACUUUCCCCUUUUUCUGUGUUCAGAAAAGUUGGUUUUCUCAGAUAGCAUUUGCAAUCCUAAGAUGUUUAAGGUGGUGUAUAUGCUGUAAAUUGUCACUUUUUCAUUAUUUAUUUUCUUCUAAAAACUGUGAGUAAAGUCUUUU